AUGGGAAAGGAGUACAGAAUAUCUAGGAGUAUUCGAGCACAGUGGUUCUUUCAGCAAUUUAACUCCACCCUCCCCUCCCCCAAGCCAAAAGAUGAGUUGGUAAGUUUCAAAUUAAAUUAAAGUUGUUGAAUGUCUGCUAAGAACUUUAUUGUAAAUUUCAUUAUAGUGAAGGGGUUAUUAGAGUUUUCUUUUAAAAAUGGGCAUGGAAAAAUUAAUAACAUUACAGUAGAACCUUAAUAAUUAAUUCAAACUCCCUGCUAACUCGAUCUAGAUCCAGUUUCCCUUGGAUUUCACUCCACUUUCCAGUCAUUUUUACGCAGUUAACUCAAAUUCGGAUAAAUCUAACUCCCCACUAACCUCGCUAACUGGAACUAAAUUUCCUUUCCUUUGAUCACAAAUUUACCCGGAUAACUCAAAAUUGAGGUUCUUUUAACUCCACUUGGAUGCCAUCCCAUUAGAAGGGUUGAAACACGAAAAGUUCUAACAAUGGACAAAACUAAAGCAAUUUGAUUUAAUUGCUAAAACAAACAGAUCAUGGUAUAUCAUAAAUAAUGCCUUAUCAUGUCAGCUGUCAUGUGGCCUUUUCUGAAGAAAUAAGUUUAAUAUACACUGCACCAACACUGAAGUGCUGAAAAUCAGCAACUAUCAAUUUUUAACAUGACAAAUUGAAUUUUCCAAUUGACCCCGAUAACUAGAACCCCCGCUAACUCAAACUGCUUGUCAUUUCCUUUCAGAGUUUGAGUUACUAGGGUUCUACUGUAUGUUAAAGUUCUCCAUGACAGGUUACAAACACAAGGAGGGCAGGGCUUGUACAACUUUGAUUCAUCUUGAUCAUUCUUAUACUUUAGAUUUAAAAGCCAGUCAGACAGCCGGCGACCCUGCUCUUUUUUAGAAAAUUGUACUGGAGAGACUAAUGUGCAAGAACUAUCCAAAACUGUUUAACUUCAUACGACUGGCAGGUGUACUUGUAUUUAUGGCGUGUUCUUUCUUCUAGAAAUGGAGCCAUGGAUGUUGCAGAUUAAUGAAGUGAAUGUUAGUCCUUGAAAAAUAAGUUCCAUCCUUGAAACUUCCUUGUGAAGUUGAUUAAAUUUUUUUGUCUGACGUUGUAUGAACCAUGUCUUACACAGGCCUAAUUGGAUGGGUUAAGAACACCUGUUAAAACAAUAUGCCACUUUUUCAGUUUGUGGCAAUUCUUAUACAUGUACAGUCUGAAUUCAUGUUUUUUUUUCUCAAAAUGUCAUUUUUUGUAGGUCUUUGUUUUGUUGCUUUUAAGGAGAAUUGUACACAUGAACAUUCCAUAGUCUGGAGUAAUAAUAAUAAUAAUAAUAAUAAUAAUAAUAAUAAUAAUAACUUUAUUAAUCUCCUCUAAAAGGCUUUUUAGCUUAAUUUACAAUGUCAAAUAUCUAAAACUUAGUUUUCCAAAAUACCCUCAAAAAAUGCUGUUUUAUUUUUACUUUAAAUACAUCUAAAUUCGUGAUAGACUGAAACUCGUCUGGGAGACUAUUCCACAGCUUUUGACCUCUGAAGGUAAACGCACGCUGACCUGGAGCCAUCCUACAGAGUGGUAUAUUUAGGCGGUCCCUAUUCCUAGUGUUGCAGUUGUUUACUUGUAAACAUUAUUAUUGUUUUUCUUGUAGAUUGGGUCAAAUGAAGAGCUGGAAGUAUUGUCAGUCAUUCCAAAUAAUCAGCGGAAUCCAGGACCUUACAGACUUGUACCCUCAACUCAUAUCACGUUUAUUGGCAGGCGAUACCGAUUUGUUUUUUGCCUUGAUAUCAGCCCAUCAUUGGCCACAGUGGUAAGGUUAUGCCAUCAGUAUUAUUUAUUGUCUUUUGAAGGUAGCUAUCCAGGGGUGUUACUAAGAGCUAACAUGAGCAUGAUCCCCAGCUACUUUCAGAAGAAACAAAAGGAAACAAGAACCAAAACAACUUCAUAAAGUUUUGUUCAAUUAAGUUCACGUACUAAUAAUUAACAAUAAGUGAAUGGGGUUGAGCAAAAAUGCUAUCUUGAUUUGUCAGUGUUGAGCUGAUCAAUUAUUACUUGCCAAAGCUGAAGGCUGGGGCAAAUAAUUGAUCCGUAAAAACCGAGUUUAAUAACUGCUUUAUCAUCCGAUCACCAAGUUUAUUUUUUAAUGAAUAUCUUCGGGAAGCGAAGUGACCUGUUAUUUUUCAUGCAAGAGCGAUCACGGAAAGGAGAAAAGCGUGGUUUUGUUUAUGCAUGCAACCAAACACAGUUGGAUGACCAAUGAUGACCAAUAAUGGCAGACCAUUAUUUGUAGGCAGUUAUUUGCAGGUCACGUGGUGGGCUCUUGGCCAAUGAAAAAGAAGAACAAUUUGCACGAAGUCAUAUUCUUUCUGUUUUUUUUUUAGGAUAUCCAAUCAGGCACUGUUAUCACAGAUGAAGCAUUUGAAAAACUGAAGAACUGCCUUUGUGGUCUUGUUGCUCCAGUUAGUACUGUAUUCACUGCUAUGUUUUUUUUAUCAUGCACCUGUUGUGGGGUCAUUUUUCUAUAAUUAUUUGGUUCAGUUUUCUUUGUGCUCAAGUCUCUUCUGCGAAUUGCCAGACAAUGGAGUCGUGAAAAGUUUGCAAUUUUGUCUCUAAAGUCUCGGAUAUCUAUUUUUCAAUUUCCGAACAGUUUUGUGUGCCAGGAAACUCUAUUGUGCUGUCUCCAGAGUUGUACAUCACUGUGCUGGCGUAUACAUCCAUCUUAAAUCCUGAAGUGCCACAGGUAUGUGUGAAAAGUGUUGGAACAGGUACCUUUUAUUAAACUCAGGUGUUUGUCUAUGUAGUUUGGUUUGUGGAAUUUUUGUAAGAUAAGAAUCUUCAAACCAGCAUUUCAAACUCAUAAACACAGAAGAGGAAGCAAAGGAUAACUAUUGUGUGAGACGUUUUAGCCCGUGUGACAGCACUGAAAAGGUGGAGGGCAGAUCCUGGAGGGGGAAUAUUAUUUUUAGAAAUCAUAAUAUGGGGUGUGCCCACCCCCUUCUUGCCCCAGCUUUUGCCCUCCCUUCAUAGGCAGCUACCCUUUGCCCCUUCAAAUUUCUGGAGGAGGUUCGGCCACAUACAGAUGUAACCACCAUAAAAUUUUGUAAACUUCUUUUAAGGUGAUGCUACACUGGACGAUUUUCAACGAUGGUUUUUAGUGCAACACAGCAUCACUGACAACAUUGUUGCGACAUCAUUUCGAAAGGUUGCAACAUUGUUCCAACAUUUGAACCCUGUGUUGUGCUAAGAAUCGUUGUUGCGAAUUGUCUUGUGUCACAUCACCUGUAGUUUUGUUUUUUUUUUUCAAAAAUAAUUUGAUCAAAUUAAGAAACUACAUAAUGUUGUGAAUUUCUGGUACUUUUUGAUGUGCAUAACUUGCAAUGCUGAAAAUAACAAUAAUAUUACUAGUUUGUAAUCCAAACACUAUGAAUUGUUUCAUGGUCAUUUAACUUUAACUCCAAGCAAAAUAAAGAGAUAAAAGUUCCAUGCGUUUAUCAGUGACAUGUUUUUGAAGUUUCCAAUACCCAUCAUCCUCUCAGAUUUAAAUUAUUGGAAAUGUGCAUAAUUUUUGAUAAGUAUGAAUGUCAAUAAUAAAUAUCAUGUCCUUUUCACAGGAAAAAAUAAUGGAUUCCCAUUUUUGGAUAUUUUAGGGUAUUUAAAGAAUACCCAUAAAAAUCACAAAUUUGGCAAAGUGAGACAAGUCCCAACCAGGGAAUUCCCAACCAAGUUCCCUGAUUGGGACUUGUCUCACUUUUCCAAACUUGGGAUUUUUGAGGGUAUUCUUUAAAUACCCUAAAAUAUCCAAAAAUGGGAAUCUGUUAUUUUUUCCUGUGUUUAUUAUUUAAACUUCUUCCUUUAAGGUUCUCAUUCAAGGUUGUCUGGUGACAGAACAGAAUGUAAAUACUGUGCUAGAAUUGAUUCAAGACCAGCUGAAAGGUUUAGAAGACUUCCUUGCUAAGACUACCUCUACAUUACAUGGCUAUGAUGGCAGUGAGGAGGUAAAGUUUGCUCAGAAAAAAUAAUUAUAUAUAUCUGUGUGAUUUUGCUAAAAGGUGCCUGCCCAGUUUUCACCCAAUAGCAAAAUCCACUAGCCUGGGCUAUCGGACACGACUUUCUUUGCACGCUGCUUAUUUGGAUUUCAUAUGUUUUAUUGUAGCCCAUACAUAUCAGCGAAUCAGAAUGUUGGAUUUGCAUUUGAGUACUGUUUAGUAGACUUAUUAUUAUUUUUUUUAUCAUGAUUAUCCCAUUUUCAGAGCAAUAAAGCUGAAAGUGACCAAGGGGGGAGGCAUGAGGAUUCAGUGACGCUCAUGUCCCCCGAGGCUGGACCCAUCGCAAUAAUGCGGAACACUCUUCUGGCGCUUCAGCUGCUUCCCUGCAAUGCAAGUGCAGGUAACAUUGAGCUCUUGAAAUCCUGAAUUAGAGGAAAUGUGGCAGAUGCAGGGUUUUCAAAAAGUUUUGAGAUUUAGCCCAUUUUUAGCUCAAAACUUGAAUUUUUCUUAUUCGUAGUAUGGUUUCUGGGGCAUUUUACACCUAUUUAGUCACUGACAAAGAUUAUUUCUGGCAUCAAAAUGAUGAUCGCAAAUUUUGAUAGUUUGUACUUCAUGUAAGACUUCAUAUAAUGUCCUCAGUCAUUCCCAUAUUUAUCGGGGGUGGGGAGGGGUGGGAGGAUUCAUUAAAUUUGGGGGAGGGAGUAGUGAAAAAGAGAGGCUCUCCAGAUUUUAGUUCUCCAGAGGUUGGCAUCUCUGUUAGAAUAGAAGACCAUCUUGCAUAAAUUUCUAUCAGCUUUGUUUUGUUUUUGAUCAGGGGCUGUUGUGAUCACUGAUGGGGUAUUUGCACUUCCUGAUGCUUCAGCAGUUGAUUCUCUUUUGGCGCAGUUCAGAGCCAGCACUGUCUGCUGUUCUUUUAUUAAAGUUGGAAGUGGUUUUCAUGCCCACUGCAGGUUUGUAUUUUUUGACAGUAACAAAAAAACAUAAUACAGAUAAUUAAUUUCAUGAACAGAAUUAUAGAAGUGGAAUUAUUCACGUUAUUACAUUUUGAAAGAGCAUUACUUUCAUAUUGCUCAUACAUGGGGAUUAUCAACUAGCUCUUCUAGUUGAUUUAAUUUCUCCACAAAACAUUGAAUUCUGUAUUGAACACUUUAGCUUUUAAAAAUGAUAAAUUCUUUUAAGGAUAACAUAAUAUUAAUAUGAGUAUACUUUGUUUGAGCCAGUUUAAAAUAUUGUGCGUGACACAACAAAGGAAUGCUACCUUGCUGAAAGAAAGCCUCUCCUCAUGAUUUUCAGCAGUUUAACCACUUUAAGUAUUAGAAGAUGUGUCCAUGUGCAUGUAUGCUAGUUCUCAAGUGAAAAGAAAGAGCUUUUAUGGAAAAAGUGAACUCCAGAUGUUUUUGUUGAUUUCUGGUGGCCAUAUCUGGGGUGUCUAGAAAACACAGACCUUGAAAACAUACACUGUGUUUUCUAGACACCCAAUUUGUGUACCAAAACUGUACACAAAUAUGACAUCUCCAUUCAAAGCUCUACAAUGGUGCGUGAAAUGUGGGGCACAAAGACCUGAGACUUGGAGAAUUUGUUUAUAUAUCAGUCUUUUGUAACAUUUCAUUUUCUUGGCUUCUUCCACUGGACAGUUUCCAAUUAAUUUUUUGUGCCAUGUUUAUUGCGUGACAGUGAAAAUGAUCUAUUGUCUUUUAUUUCUUCUCAGCCUUGCUUAUGUUCCACACUGCGACCUGAUGCAGUUCAUUGCCAUGGCAAGCUCAGGAGCUUAUCUUGCUAGUGCUCCCCCUGUGAGUAAUAAAAAUGUCUCCACGUGACUCAGCAUAAUUGCCGGAAAUUUAAAAUAAGCACAGGGACUCCUGAUUCAGCUUUUGUUGGAGUGAGAAAGACAUGCGAGAAUAAGGAUUGUUUUAACGAUAAAUGUUACUAUGAGUUUCCCAGACUGUAAAAUUGUUUUUGUGUAGCAUCAAGAUUCAAAUUUGCUCUAAAUAGUAUGGGAAGCCAAGAAGUGGUACGGUCAAAGCACACCCCAGACUCAGUUCACUACUAAACAAUACAGGAAUACCAGUCAGAGUCAGUUGGUUUUGAAGUGCCAUUUGAGGUAUCCCCAAAUCAGAUCAGUACUGAAUCAAAUGCUGUAGGUUUCCCUGGGUGUGGUUUGUUGAAAAGACAAAUUCAAUACACCUUUAAAUAUACUCAGAUUGAAGGGAAAUAUUUCAGUGGCAUAAUCUAUCCUGGAAUUUGUUUUUAGCAGACAAACAGUACUUGUUGUGUACAUAGCCUGUUCCAGGCUUUCAGAAUGUGGGGACUGUGCAAAAAGAUGUGAUCAGAAAAAAUGGUGAAGGGUUAGGGUAGGGGACCCUCUUCCCCUUUUGCUCUUUAUUUUUUUCUUGCUCUUUGACUUCAUACCGCGCUCCACUAUCUGAACGCUGGGAACAGGCUAACUCAUACAAUAUACACAUACUUUUAUUAGUACUAGAUGCCACAGGAUUCCCAUGCUGUGAUUUAAGUUUGAAUUGAUAAGGGCUAUUCCUUUACGCUACUCUGCACUGCUGUACUGUUUCACUUAUUAGGUUUGCAUCUUUUUCCUUUUAAUUUAGUUUCUUUCUUUUAUGAAUUUAGUUUUUUUAUUUUCAGCCAGCAGUGAAAAAAGAAAAUAGUUUGAAUAGUUAAAAGAACAUGUAUUUGUUAUUAUUUUUUGUAAAUAAAUAAGUAAAUAAGUUUUAAAAAAAAGAAAAAAGAAUUGAUAAGGGCACCUCAGUAGACAACAGAAGUUUUUCUUGUCAUUUGUUUGAUUGUUUUUAGGUCUCAAGAGAAGCUAAGGGUGCAGAUGGAGGAGGUAUUUAUUGCUUACUGUUAAAAGAAUAAUUGUACUUCAAUCUUUAAUUUAUUAGUGUACAUUUUGUUAGUCGCAUUAGCAAUAUUAUAGUUAAUGCAAUGUAUGAUCAUUAUCAUUUAAUAUGUAUAUGUCCUCUAAGAUAUUGUUUUAUUAUUCCUUUCUCUGAGUGUAUGUACAUUUGUUCAUGCUAGAUUUCUUUUGAAUAGUUUGUUUCUUCAUUAUACUCGUUAAGUCUUUGUGCUAAUGUUUAUUUCAAACCUAAUUCCCCUCUCCUCAGAAACCAACAUCUUAAAAAAUUGAAAUUAGUUAUGGAAUGGAAAAUAAGAUCAAUGUGCUAGCUCUUAAUCAUUACUUGCUUGCUUAUUUAUUUAUGUAUUCAUUUAUUUAUAUAAAUAGAUAAUUGUUUUUGUAUGUUCUUUUUUUUCUACAGAGGACUUCACCAUGAAUCUAUACCACAAGGCUCUUCUCUGCUGGAGCUUUCAAAGAGACUUUGAUCUAAGCAAGAUUGAUUCAUGGAUAGGUAGAUGUUGA